AUGUUCCAAAGCGAAACGUUGAGCGAAUUGAAGAAAGAACAGCUCAUUCAAGCACUCCAAGCGCAUCAACUAAAUACUGUGAUAGACCUGCGUCGAGUCGAAAGAAAGUUUGCUGCCGCCAACUCACCGGAUGUGAUGCAGCCGAUGACGUCUGCAUGGACGUUUUACGUCAACUCCCAAGGAUUGCUCAUUGAGCUACGCGGUUUCACCCGGAACUAUCCAUUCAGUUCCGAGUGUGUUGAUGAGGCCAAACGACGAGUAUACUUGGACCCAGAAAGCAACAAAAGCUGGAACCUUGCAUGGCUUGUCCUCCGCAAAAUACAGACUGACCAGCUCAUCCUCAGUUACGCCAACUACCAAGCUGCCCUACCAGCCAUGUGGGGUAAUCAAAUCCCUUCUGCAGAGGGCAUUGCUCGGCUUGCUGCCGCUUUCAGAAGCGAAUGGACUUAUGGUCUUGCGCAAAUGCUACGACAUUGGGAACAACCGCCCGUAUGCUGA